AUGUCACAGAAAUUAGACUCUCCAAUGGAUAUUUCUACUGAACAGGAAUCUACAAUUAGUAAGCCUUUGUUAAAAUUGAAAUUAUUAAAUGUUUUAAGAAAGGGAUCUUUUAAUGAUCUUUACCAAUUAUUAGACACUCAAUUUGUUCCAAGAGACAAUCCAACAGUUAAAGAAGUAGCACGUUUAAUAUUGCAUUAUGCAGUGCAGGUAGCACCACUGCAACUAAUUAAAGAUAUUAUUAAUCAAAAGGAUCAAUUUGAUAAGUUGAAUUUUAAUUUUGACUUUAUCGAUAUUAAUGAGAAGGAUAAUGCUGGUAAUACACCUUUACAUAUGGCAGCAUUUCAAUCUAGAGCAGACGUAGUGUCUUAUUUAAUGGAUUUGCCAGAUAUUAACGAUACUAUUAUUAAUCAUUUGAAUUUGCAACCUGUAGAUAUGUGUAAAGAUUUAAAUGUGGCUCAAUUAAUGCAGAUUAAGAGAUCAAAUUAUAUUGCAGAGAUUGCUAGUGAAUUUAGAACAGCUUUUAAUAAUAGGGAUUUUCAACAUCUUGAAUCAAUUUUAAAUAAGCCAAGAAAUUUUAAUCUUUUAGAUAUUAAUGGCAUGGACCCACAGACCGGAGACACCGUGUUACAUGAAUUUGUUAAAAAGAGGGACGUUAUUAUGUGUCGUUGGCUUUUAGAGCACGGAGCAGACCCAUUCAAAAGAGAUGCAAAGGGACGGUUACCUUUGGAUCUUUUAAAGAAGGUAGAUAUUCCUUCUGGUUCUAGUGGGACUGUAGAUUCAAUUAGUAAUAAAGCUACUGCUACUACUAAGCUGGCUAUUGACAUGGAACUUAAGAAAUUAUUGGAAAAAUCUGCUAUGGAACAAUCUGUAAUUGAUAUAACCGGUAUCAAUGUAGCCAACUUCCCAACUUCCUCAAAUUCAGAGAAUAAAAUUGUCAUUAAUAGUGAUCCAAGUUUUAAUAGGAUACCAUCACCACCAACUUUUAAAGGCUAUUUGAAAAAAUGGACUAAUUUUGCACAAGGUUAUAAACUACGUUAUUUUAUCUUAAGUGACGAUGGCAGGCUUUCUUAUUUUAUUGAUCAAUCUGAUACCCAGAAUGCAUGCCGUGGUUCUUUAAGUGUGUCCAAUUGUUCUCUUCAUCUGGAUUCUUCUGAAAGAUUGAAAUUUGAAAUCAUUAGUGGGGAUCGUAAUAGUCCCUCUUCCAUUAUUUGGCAUUUAAAGGGGAACCAUCCCAUUGAGACUAAUAGAUGGGUUUGGGCCAUUCAAGGUGCUAUUAGAUACGCUAAGGAUAAAAACAAAGGGUUGUUACCUGUAAUGGCUAGUCCAUCUCAGUUGCACGCAAGCUUAUCAAUGAUUGAUAAUGUUGUAGAUAACAAUAUGAAUAAUAAUGGUGAUGACAAAUUGAUCGAUGAUGCAAUCUCGGUUAAGUCUUCACACAGGUAUUUAAGUGAGAAGCAGGCUAACACAAAACCAGUCUCCAGUAGUACAAGUACUAUUUCAACAAUUCAUAAUAGUUAUGCUGAUAAUGAUAAUGGUGGGACAGAUAAAAUUAAUAAAACCGAAAUAAUUUCUACCAGCGACCAAAUUGGAGAUAAUAUCUCUGAUGAUUCUGAUGAUUCGGAUAGUGAACUGGAACAUAGUGAGAUGUUUGAUAUAAUAAACGGCACGAACGAGGAAGAUUUACAAAUCACAUAUGGUCCCUUCUCUCAUAAAUUGCAUAUGUUACAAAGAUCUAUUACUUUAGAUUUUACAGAAUUGAAUGAGCUAUUGUCUGAUAAAUCAAUCAAAUCUAAUCAAAAUAUUAAUCCAAGUAAUGAUAUAUGGACUACUGUAGAAAAGACUCUAAUAGCUAUGAAUACUAACUUUAUAAAGUUUAAUGAAUUAACCCAACAAAGGGAUCGAAAACUUAUCUCUAUGUUAUCUAAACAAAGAGAUUUAAACAAUGUUUGGAUUCAAUCUAUGAAGGAAUUAGAACUUGAGUUGAUUGAAAAAGAUACCAAAUUAAGCAAUUUGACUAAAGAAAGAAAACAAUUAAAAAAACUUUUAGAGGAUGUUACCCAAAACUCAUUAAAGGAAGUUGCAAACAAUAACAAUGUAGAGAUUGCUAAACUUAAUGAAGAUAAUCGUGAUACACUUCAACAGAUUGCGGAAGCUAUUACAACAGUUGAGGGUAAUAUGGAUUCCGACGAAUCAGAUAUUGAUGAAUUCUUUGAUGCUGAAGAGAUUGACAUUCAAGACGACUCUAACACUAAUCAUGGAUUGGGUCCAGAAAAAUAUGAUAAAGAUAGAAAAGUUAAAAAAGAGACUUUUUAUGAACUCAAAGAUACUGAUAGAAAUACUGUUGAAAAGACUAUUUCUAUAAUGGAGACUAUUGAUGAUAAGGAUUCAUUAUCUAAAAGUGAUACAUUAAAAUGUGUAACUACUGUACAAAAGAAGAAAUAUGAGAUGUUAGAGAAUGAAGGUACCUUUUUGGGUUAUGAGGAUGGUCAUAGAAGUAGAUUAAAACUUGAUAGUGAUGACAGACCUAAGGUCAGUUUAUGGAGUAUUUUGAAAUCUAUGGUUGGUAAAGAUGUAACAAGAAUGACUCUACCGGUAAGCUUGAAUGAGCCAUCUUCUAUGUUACAAAGAUUGGCGGAAGAUAUCGAGUAUUCUGAUCUUUUACAAUAUGCAUCAAGAUUUUCUGAUUCUACAUUAAGAAUGUUAUAUGUUGCUGCAUUUUCGGUAUCACCAUAUUCAUCUACAAUUGGAAGAAUUGCCAAACCGUUUAAUCCACUUCUAGGUGAAACAUUCGAGUAUGCAGAUAAGGAAAAGGAUUUCAGGUUUUUCACAGAACAAGUAUCACAUCAUCCACCAAUUUCUGCAUCUUGGGCAGAAUCAUCAAAAUGGGAUUACUAUGGUGAAUCUAAUGUGGAUUCAAAAUUUAAUGGUCGUGCAUUUACAAUCAAACAUUUGGGUCGUUGGUAUGUUAAUAUUCGUCCAGAUAAUGAUGCGAAUGUAAGUGAAGAAACCUAUACAUGGAUGAAACCAUUAAACACAAUUAUUGGUAUUCUUGUUGGUAAACCUGAGAUUGAUAAUUCAGGGGAAGUAAAAAUUGAAAAUAGGACUACAGGUGAUUACUGUAUAAUGGUAUAUAAGGCAAGGGGUUGGACAUCUACCAGUGCAUAUGAAGUUCGUGGGGAUGUUUAUAAUAAGGAUGGUGUUAAGUGUUGGACAUUUGGUGGUCGUUGGAACAGUGCAUUGUUUGCUAAGAAAGUUUUUGCCAAAGAUGAUGGCAAUGAAGGCAGUGGAGAAUAUAAGGAUAGCAAGAAUAAUGAAGAUAAUAAUAGUAAUAGCAUGAAUAAUAAUAUUGAUAUUGAUGUUAAAGGUGGUAAUUAUGAGGCCCAAUUGGAUGAUCCUAAAUAUGAUGGUUCACGAUUUUUAAUUUGGAAAGUCCACAAAAGAUUGGAAAAGGUUCCUUUUAAUUUAACAUCAUUUGCUAUAACUUUAAAUGAUCCUCAACCUAAAUUACUUGAGUGGGUUGCACCCACAGAUAGUAGAUUAAGACCUGAUCAAAGAGCCAUGGAGGAUGGAUUAUAUGACGAAGCUGCGACAGAGAAACAUAGAGUGGAAGAAAAACAAAGGGCUGUAAGAAGAGAAAGAGAAAAGAAUAAAGAGAAGUACCAUCCUAGAUACUUUACAUUAGAAAAGGAUCCUAUUACCCAAGAUAGGAUAUGGAAGUUUAAAGGCGACUAUUGGAAUUUAAGAAAAGAACAUAACUGGGAAGACUCCUAUAAUAUCUUUUAG